GCAUAAUUUCCUGCAGCUCGCCGAGUUACCCUGGUUGCACUGGAGUCCCGCAGCCGUGCAAUGCAGCAGCUUCAGAGUCGCCAGUCGGUGCGCCGGCCGGCAGCGGUGGAGAGAUCCCAGUCCGCACCCUGCAAGUCCAGGACCGACGAUGAAGGUGCCGAUGAUUUUUUCGCCUCGCUGACUGCUAUUGAACAGAAGCAGGAGAUCAUGAAGCGCUCAGACUACACACUGCCUCCAGAGGAUGCCAGGGACCUGCUUCCUCCUCAAUCACCUGGAAACAGUGAGAAGUUGAAGAUCUCACACAGAGAGUUGCUGUUGCUUUAUGAGGACACGCUCUACACCCUGAUCCACAAACGCGGCGUUCCCUCCGCCGCACACGUGACAAGUCAAGAGGAGAUGGUCCGCUAUCUACAAAAGGUCUUCAAGCUUGAUGUGAGAGACCACGCAGAAAUAAUGCGCAGAGUGAAAGAAGCUAAGACACCCUCUCUCACCGCGAAGGUGACCAUCGUGGAGGCUAGGAAUCUGCUGGCCAAGGAUGCCAACGGGUUCAGUGAUCCCUACUGCAUGCUGGGAAUCACCCAGGGCCAGCCCGCACAAGAGGUGGAGGAGAAGAAGGGCCGCAAAUUCAGCUUCCGGAGGAAAAGGGAGAAGAUGGAGAAGAGGUCAAGCCUCAAGGACGUGCUUCCUGUCAAGUACAUCCAGGUCACAAACGUCAAGUCCAACACCUUGAAUCCCGUAUGGAACGAGAGCUACGUUUUUGAAGUGGAUGACAUCCACAAUGACCAGCUGCACCUUGACAUUUGGGACCACGAUGAUGAUGUUUCGGUUGCUGAAGCAUGUAAAAAUCUGAAUCAGAUCAGCGGUUUAAAAGGAAUGGGCAGGUACUUCAAACAGAUCAUGAAGUCGGCUCGAGGUAAUGGGGCCUCGGGAUCUCAGGAUGAUAACAUUGAUGAUUUCCUCGGCUGCCUGGACAUCCCCAUCAUUGAGAUCCCUGUUGAAGGAAUUGAUACGUGGUACAAACUGGAGCCUCGAUCAAGCUCUUCUCGUGUUGAGGGUGACUGUCACCUGGUGAUUUCACUGGCCGUGAUGCAGGUAACGGGCUGGGGGCUGGGGGCUGGGCUGGCACAAGUGAGAGAGAUACGUGAGUGGCUGGCUUACAGCAAACAUCACCAGCUCCAGUCCAUGGACUAUGGCCUCCUUCACCAGCUGCUUGAGGACCUGGAUAAGAGGUCAGACCUGAACGCUCUCACUCCAGACCAGGAAGAGUCCCUUGCCAAUAGUUUUGUCUUUUUCAUCGACUACUGCUGGAUGUUGCUGCAAAGGAUGAGGCAGGUCUUUCCCUUCAACUCUCCCAAGACACUGGAUCAGCUGGAACUGAUGCUGAGGUGCUUGCUGAAGAUGUAUUCCAUGGAGGGCUUCAAUGUUCUCUGCCCUGUUCACAAGCCGCUCCACGUGGAGAUCGUUGCGACUAUAAAGAAAUCCACACUUGAAUGGUACGAGAAAACGCGUGAUAACUUGAAACCAGAAAUCCAGUCAGACCAAGCCCGGCUGAUGGCUCUGGUCCAGUUGGUCGACGCAGUUUGCACAGACUUACGCAUGAAACACAGCUACUACAACAAAAUAUUUAUAAGUGUUGUGAAGAUUGAUUACUUCAGUUUGACUUAUCAGCAGCUGGAGAAACUGGUCGCAGAUGAUGUCCUGGUGCUAAUGGAGGAGCUGGGAGCAGCCAUAGAACAAGAGAGAUCAAGAAUGACCCAGCUGAUCGCCGUGACCCUGUUUGAGUUGUACCUGUCGCUGAAAGAAGUGAAACACUUCAAGGAAUUCCUUCCAUUGAAGGACUCCAAUCUGGGACUUGGGAAUUUCCAUGAAUGGUUCCAGAUAUCGAUUAAUAAGUGGCUACACAUUGUUCACGAGAAGUCAUGUGAGCGGAUCACAAAGGCAGUGGCGGUGGAUCAGCUUGACCCUGUUGACACGCUGUCCAAACACAGCAGCUCGGCAGUCGAUGUGGUGACCUGCUUCACUCAGAUCAAGAGCUUCUGGCUGCAGCUAGCCUGGCCUGACCCAAUGGGGGCUUUUGUGUUUGUAACAAAGAUCACUGACGACAUCUGUAACGCAGCUGUGAUGUACUCAGAAAUGAUCAGACAAAAAGCAGACGAUCAGAAGAAAAUCACACAACAGCUGUGCAUGGUGCUGAAUAACAUCGAGCACGUGCACAAGUACAUCUGGAACCUGCCGAAGGAGUUGGCAUGGCAGGAGGUGGAGACCUCUGUGGAGCGGGUGUGUGGGCUGGAGGGGAAGCAGCAGGUGCGGAGAGCGCUGGACACACAGCUACAGAGCAUUGAUGCGGGCAUGCAGCGGCAAUCCAACUACAUGAUCAACCAGCUGGUGGAGAAGAUGGUCAUUGACUUGCGGAAGUACAUUCAGCACGUUAGCCUGUCUCCGGACUCCAUCCAACCUGAUGAUGCAGUAUCUCCUCUGAUGAAAUUCCUCGAUGAUAAUCUAAUCAUCCUCAGUGAAUGGCUAGUGCAGGAGAAUCUCUGCAGGAUAUUGGCAACUUUGUGGAAAUUGCUGUUGGAUUUGGUUGCUGAAGCAUUAACUACAAAUACUGGGGUGUCGGCUGAAUUCUACGAGCGAUUUCACUUUACUCUGGAGGCUCUUGUGGUGUUUUUUCACGCUGAGGGACAGGGGUUGCCAAUUCACAGCUUACGGAAUGAAAGUUACAAGGCUCUGAAGGAGGAGUUGCAUCUAAAUAAGUGCUCAACACAGGAGCUAAUCGAGAAGGCCUACCAGGCCAAAAUACAACAGCAGAAAUCCCCGGAGCCAACGCCAUAUGGAAUGCUCUGCAUCAAGUGCCACUAUGAAGUUGCUGAGCACAAGCUGUACAUUGACAUCUUACACGCAACGAACCUGAUUGCUUUGGACACAAAUGGUCUCAGUGAUCCUUUUGUCAUCAUCGAACUCGCUCCUCAACACUUCUUUCCAGGAGCAAAGAGCCAGCGAACACAAGUCAAGAAUAAAACACUGCACCCUAUUUUCGACGAGCAGUUUAUCUUCACGGUGUCGGAGAAGUGCAGCAACGACAUAGCUUGUGUUCACUUCACAGUCAUGGACCAUGACUGGCUUUCAACUAAUGACUUUGCAGGAGAGGCUGUAUUGUUGCUACAGGAGAUUCACGGGUUACAGAAACCGGCCGUCGCCGGUGGAAUCAAAAGUGUCUCCCCGAUAUUUCUAAAACUGACACACCCUGACUCCACUGUGAUGAAGCCAAUCAUUAAGAUACUGGAAGGACGCCCUGGUGAUAGAGAAGCACAGGACUUUGUCAAGAUGAUGAAGGAGAUGGAAGUGUCUCCAGAGUAAAACAAGCUAAUUUUAAGAGUAUAAGAUUCAGACGCUCCAAAAUGCAUCAAGUGUUGGAGUCAUGGUUUGUAAAUGUGACAUUGAAGUUGUUUCAGACAUCCUCAACAUCUCGCCCAAACGGGAGGGCAAAAGACAAUUUGACCCAGUGCCACGUGAAGCAAUAUUGUCGAGGUGCACGGACAAGAGGACAGUGAUAUUGCUCCAGAAUCAUGCAGGGAAAUGAUGAUCCAUUGCACAGGAAUGAUCGAGUGCAGUGGGGAUAAUAUUGAUCCAUUGCUGUGGAGGUGAUCCAGUGGUAUGGCAGUGAUAGGAAUCCAGUGUAGUCGGGAACAAAACUGAUCCAGUGCCAAGGUGGGGGGUGGGAAGGAAAUGCAGUAUUUAUCCACUGCUAGAGCAUCUCACUGUCGUCAUUGUGAAAAUAAUGUAGUAGUAUCUAAUCUCUUGCAGUUUUGAAUACAAUCUGAAGCUUCUUACCACUGUGUAGGCAGCCAUUAGGGUGAUGUAACUCUUCUAUAAUUUAUUCCUAUAGAAUACAAAAUCAAUGUUAAGUGUGUUUUUUUUUAAUGAAAUUCAGUGACUUCUGUCGAUUGCAGAGAAAUGUUGAAAAAUUGUGAUAAGUUGGUCCAAAAUUGUCAGAUUUUUGUAAUUGUAAUUUUGUAAAUGUUUAAAAGAAUUAUUCAAAUGAAA